ACAUCCAUAAAAUAAUGAAACAGCGCCUCGUUAAUUACGCAAACGGCAAUUGGUUUAACCGUGGGUAACAGAAAAAAGACGGAGAUGCUCAACAUCCAAAGCGAAAACGAGCACGUAAGAGACGGUUCUUUUGGUGUCAUUGGCACAGCGCUUUGCUGUUGCGAGGUCAGUGAACGAUAAAAGGGCUGAUCGAAAUGAUGAUGACAAGGGUUGAUCGAAGAGGCAAGCUUAUUUUAGCGGCAGGUUUAAUUAUUUAACCGAACGAGAACCACAAUAGUUGUAGUUUCGGCAAUUUACAGUCCCAGCUCACGUCAGCAAGAGAAGACACAUUGAUCUUGGAGAUCCCUUCGCCUCCAUACGACCAUGGCUCAGGACGUCGGAGAAUUGUUGGGAGCGUCAGUAGUUUUCGUUUUACUUUUAACUCUAUUGGCGAUUUUCACUCACCUGUUGCUCAGCAGCUAUGUGAGCAAAUGGAGACAGAUGAAGCCUAUUCCAGGUAUAAGCCCGACCUACCCUUUACUGGGCAAUGCGCUUGCCUUCAAGUCCAAUGGACGAGAUUUCUUCUGUCAACUGAUUGAGUACACAAAUGCAUUCCGGAAUGAGCCGCUGAUGAAGAUCUGGAUCGGUCCUGUGCCUUUUCUUGUUUUAUUUCACGCUGAAACCAUUGAGAUGGUGCUCAAUAACCCGAAGCACAUGGAUAAAGCCUACGCCUACAAGUUUCUCCACCCAUGGCUGGGCACCGGCCUGUUGACCAGCACUGGGGACAAGUGGCGCAGGCGGCGGAAGAUGCUCACCCCCACCUUCCAUUUCUCCAUCCUGACGGAGUUCCUGGAGGUGAUGAACGAGCAGGCGGAGGUGCUGAUCGAGAAGCUGGGGAAGCAGGCAGGCAAAGGGGCGUUCAACUGCUUCAACCACAUCACCCUCUGUGCCCUGGACAUCAUCUGUGAGACUGCAAUGGGCAAGAAAAUCUAUGCGCAGAGUAACUAUGACUCUGAGUAUGUCCGUUGUGUGUACAGGAUGAGUGACAUCAUCACCCGCAGGCAAAGGAUGCCGUGGUAUUGGCCGGACUUGAUCUACUACUUCCUGGGGGAGGGGAGGGAGCACAACAGAAGCCUGAAAGUUCUCCACUCCUUCACAGAGAAUGUGAUCUCCGAGAGAGCCGAGUACGUCUCCAGUAUUGAGUCGGACAGCGAGUCGGACCAGGGCACCAAGAAGCGCAGGGCCUUCCUGGACAUGCUCCUGAAGACCGUGGACGAGGACGGCAACAGGCUGACCCACAAGGACAUCCAGGAGGAGGUGGACACCUUCAUGUUCAGGGGCCAUGACACGACAGCAGCCUCAAUGAACUGGGCUGUCCACCUGAUUGGCUCUCACCCGGAAGUCCAGAGGAAGGUUCAGCAGGAACUCCGGGAAGUGUUUGGCGAGUCGGACCGCCCUGUUAACACGGACGACCUGAAGAGGCUGCGCUACCUGGAGUGCGUCAUCAAAGAGUCCCUGCGCCUGUUUCCCGCCGUCCCGUUCUUCGCCCGCAGCAUUUGUGAGGACUGCCACAUCAGCGGCUUCAAGGUCCCCAAAGGCGCCAACGCCGUCAUCAUACCGUACGCCCUGCACCGCGACCCGCGGUACUUCCCCGACCCGGAGGAGUUCCGCCCCGAACGCUUCCUGCCCGAGAAUUCGGUGGGGAGGCCCGCGUACGCGUUCGUCCCCUUCUCUGCGGGACUGAGGAACUGCAUAGGUCAGCGCUUUGCGAUAAUGGAGGAGAAGGUUGUUUUGGCUUCAAUUCUGCGCAACUUCAACAUUGAGGCGACCCAGAAGCGGGAGGAUCUGCACCCCCUGGGGGAGCUCAUUCUCCGGCCCGAACAGGGAAUCUGGAUCAAGAUAGAGAAGAGAGCGCAGUGAUACCCCCUCCACCCGCCGCCCUCCACUCAUUUCUAACCACAUCCAGUCUCCUCAAUCCACCUACACCCGCCCCCACCCACCUCCGCCCACGCCUACAAUUGCAUGCACACACGUACACACACACACAGACGCGCACACACGUACACACACACAGACGCGCACACAAACACACACACACAGAGACACACACACGCACAAACACACACGCUAUCUCAUGCAUGCACAGACAACAACAUUACAGUAUUGCAUAUGCCCCACUGAAAGUCUGUGCAUGACCCUGCUGACAGGGAAAAUAUCCAUGUUACACACGCACCGAUGCCUCCCCUCUCUCUCACACACACACACACACGCACACGUACGUACACACACACACACACUCACGCACACACACAGACACACACACACACACAGACUCACACGCACACACACACACACACACACACACCCAGCUUCCCUGUACCCAUCACUCCUUGCAGUCAGACUGUGGGAGUAUUUCCCAUAAGCCCAUUCUCUCAGUCAUUACUUUCUUCAUUUCCUUCCUUUUUCCUGCCGGUGCAGUGCUCAGAGUGUGACAAUGAAGUUUCCCCUCAAACCCCCUCGUAUAUCACAGUUUGUACCACCGUGUCACUCUCUUUAAAAAAAUCCAUUCGUUCCGUGCGGCUUAACUGAUCCUUGGCUGGGCUCCUGGCUGGAGAGCAUGAAAAUGAAAAAUGUUAUCUGGGGACUGAACAGACUGAGGUGGAAACUGGACAAACCCACACCUCCCACGCAAUCAUCUGUAGAUCAAGCCCUUAAUUGGUAAAAUAUUUAUUUGACUUACAAUUACUUAAAUAGUUAUUGGUUUAUGUUAGUUAUAGUACAUUUUCCCCAAAUAGCUCCAAGCAUCAUACUAUGUUCACUCAAAAAAUAAAGUAAAAGGAAUAUGGGUUUCGUUUCCUUGUAAGAGGAACUUGUGUUAUUACAUUGUAGUUAAAUAUGAAAGUUCUGUGUAAUUGCUCCAUGUAGCCACAGUGCAGUUUCCCAAUAUAACAUGAGUUGUGUGGUAUGAACAGGUAUGUUUGGUGUGUGGUUAGAUUGAGGGUUGUGGUCCCAUUAAUGGUUUGCUUGGGGGCAUUUAACAGUUAUUACAUGUCUAAUUGUAGAAAUUUGUUCUCUAUUACACAUUUAUUACUGUUUGGGUUGGUAAGUACAUAUGUAACUGACACCGUAUGUAACAAAUGUAACUGACACCAAAUAUAGUGUUAGUGGCAGCAUACAUGUGUCACAUUAUUACAUGAAGUCUUGGUGUCAUAACCCCUUGUGUCUGGUGAUGAUGGACAUGUGAUAGAUUCACCGUAGAUUACAGGCUAAUGACAAAUAAAGAUAGUCUGGCAUGGCC